AUGGCUCCCCGCAAGCCCCAGCCCAAGAAGCCCAGGUGUCUCCCCCCUCCUGCUCCCCCUCCUGCUCCCCCUCCUGCCCCUGCUACUCCCCCUCCUCCUCAUGCUUCUCCUCCUGCUCCCCCCUCAGACAACUUGCUCUCCUCCCUCGACUUUAACCCUCCUGCUCCCCCUUCCCCUGCUCCUCUCUCUGUGACGACUCUGGUCUCCUCUCCUUGCCCUUCCCCUGCCACUGACACUCUGCAGCCUGUGAGUGUCAUGCAGACUCCAGCAUCUGGCCAGAAGAGGCCCUCUGAGGAGUCAAACACAAGCCCCAGUGCUCCCAAGCAUCCCAAGCAACUCCCUGGCAAGCACAUUGACAACACAGUGGACCUCAUGAAGGCAAUGAAGAAGUCUGUCACCCUCAAGGAGAAGCUGGCAGUGAAGGAUCAGGAAAUCUUGGCUGAGAAGGCCAAGGCACUUGCUGCUCAAGCCCAGAUAGCUAAACUCACAAAGCUCCUCAAAUGUGAGAGGAGCAAGAAGAAGAAAGAAGAUGAGGCUGUCUCCACCCUCAUUCCAAAGCCUCUGGGACAGGCUGGGCAUGGGGAGAAAUGGAAUGGGUAUAGGCUCAUAGAGGCCAUGGGCCUUAAAGAACAAAAGGAGCUUUUCAACAACAUGAAACAACAUGUAUGUGAAGCUUGUAUCCAGCACAACCUCGACGUCACAAGGAACAUCACCAAACACCCUCCUGCCCUCCUCUCAACAAUCUACAAGCAGUUAAGGAGAAGUCCCCUCAGCUUGCUGCCUUCCACAAGGACUGGGCCACCCAAGCAAUGA